AUGAACAACAGCAGCAGCAUGCGAAUUGCAAUCGUCGGAGGCGGCCCGGCCGGUCUAACGUUGGCACGGAUUCUCCAAAAUUACAAUGUUACCUGCACAGUCUUUGAGCUGGACAAAACACCUGACCGUCGUGACCAAGGUGGUAGCAUUGACCUCCAUCGGAACGGCGGGCAACAGGCUCUCCGAGAAGCGGGUCUGCUCGAGGAAUUCAGGCGCGUCGCGCGCCCGGAAGGAGAGGCGUUGAAACUCAUCAAAUACGAUGGCACUGUGGUUCUCGACGAGAAUGUGGCCGGCAGCCGCAGGCCCGAAGAACAUGCCGAUCGCCCCGAGGUCGACCGUACAAAGUUGCGACAACUGCUGCUCGAUUCUUUGCAGCCGAACACGGUCAUCUGGGACAAAAAGCUCGUCUCCGUCGCAGCAUCGACGUCCAUACCGGGCAGGUAUGAUCUGCACUUCCAAGACAGUGUCGAAGAAGGGUUUGAUCUGGUUGUUGGCGCCGACGGCGCGUGGUCCAGAGUGCGCAACUUUCUUACUGAGCAGAAACCUUCUUAUUCGGGCGUCACUGGGAUCGAGCUCUGGGCGCUCGAGGUCGACAAGCGGCAUCAGUGGCUAGGAGAAUUUGUUGGCGCAGGAAGCUGCUUCAUGUUCGACGAAGGCCGUGCCAUCCAGUGUCAGAGGGAUGGUGAAAAUAGGAUUCGAGUCUACGUUGGGGUGCGGCAGCCGGAAGAUUGGAUAAAUACAUGUGGCAUUGAUUGGGCCUCACCUGAGGAAGCAAAGAAAGCCCUGCUGGACCGGUAUUUCAACGACUGCGCACCUGACUUGAAACGAGCCGUUCUCGACGCCAACGACCAGCUGAUCCCUCGGCAAAUGUGGAUGCUACCCAUCGGCAUGAGAUGGGAAACGCACCCUGGAGUUACGCUCGUUGGAGACGCAGCUCAUUUGAUGACCCCUUUCGCUGGGGUCGGCGUCAAUCUGGCCAUGCUUGACGCAAUGGAUCUAGCCAAAGCCGUGAUCGGCUGUGCCGGUGAUGCGAGCCGACUUCCAGACGCGAUCCGACAAUAUGAGGAGGUGAUGUGGGAGCGCGCAGAGCAGAAUGCCCGCAAGACUGAGAAAGGUCUCAUAGGCCAUUUCAGUGCCGAUGGCAUUGACGAGAUGGCCCGACGACUCCAAGGACGUUAG